CUUGAGGAAGGAGCUCACUACCCACACCGUUCUCUCUGGAGCAACGACCUGGAGACAGAAAUUUUCACUCAAGGAGACAAGUCUACAUACAGUGAAGCUUUUUCCAACUUUCAGUUGGCUUGUCUACAGGGAGAUUUUUCAGUUCAGCACCAGCUUGAUUUCUCAGUGACCUUGCUGCCCAGGCAUGUGCAGUCUUCCACAAGAGGGUCAAACCAUCUGUUACUCGUGGGAAACCAAGGGCUUUGGCAAUAGCCUGUAAUGUUUUGGAAGCAACAGGGUCCUACCUGGCCAACAACUCACUGGAAGCAAUGGCCACAGCAAAUGACACCUACAAUGAGCCAAAGCCUAGAGACGAAAGGAAGCAAGAUCUCCAAAAGCUACUGGAUGAAGUGGGAUUAAGUAUUGAAUACUGGAUACCUAAAUUUCAGGAACAGGUGGGUGUAACCUCUGCCCAGGCCUUACAGUUCUUAGAAGAAAAAGACCUCCAGAAGCUCAGGUCCCAGGCACAACACCCAUGGGAGAAAAGGGCCCUCGAGAAGCUGCUUGACCUCUCACAGUCAAAGCGCCCUCCAGAGUCCCAGGAGUCUCCAGCAGAGACUGGGAAGAAAAGGCAGAAGCAGGCAGAAGAGGCCCUGCGGGAGCUGAGGGAGCUGCAGUCCGAAGGGAAGCAGAGGCAGGAAGAGGCAGUGAGGAGGAAGGAAGCAGAGCUGAGGCAGGCGAUGGACAUCCCUGAGCAGUACUGGCCAAAGCCUGGAGUGGAUCUGAAAGAAGUCACCGAAAACAUGCAGAGACAUCUCAAUCACAUGGAGCAUGCACUGACGCUCAGGCAAAACCUCCCAGAUAGGGAUCUGAUUAGAUGGGCAUCUGGAGGCCUGGCCCUGCAGGGAAUUUACAAGACCAGCCACCAAAAAGACCUGACAGAGAAGCGAGAAGAGCUACUCAGUGUCCCCAAAGAAUUCUCACUCAUGGGACCUGAGCACGGCACAAGGAUGGAAAUGAUAGAAUUCACCUCUUCUCAAGCAGAAGCCCAGUUCACCCAGACUAUAGAGAAGAUGGGCUUUGGGGUCAUAAUGUCAGCCAAGGGUAGAGGGUGGGGAUUCAGUUUAGAAGGGGGAAUGGAUCAAAGCAAGAAUUCAGAAUCCAAGAUUUCCAGUCAAACCCACUCAGAACACUCAUAUUUCUGUUCAUGCAAGUUCAGUUAUGUCCCCCUUGCAACCUGCCACUUUCCCAUGGAUCACAUCGAGCUCUCCAAAGCUGCUCUCCAGGAACUAAAAAGUAUUGAAGAACUCCUGGAUCACACUUCUGGUCAAAAUAUAUAUGACUCAUUGACACAUAAACUAGAAAAGUUUUUUAUGAGAUUUGGCUCUCAUGUAAACAAAGGUCCUCUUCACCUAGGAGGGAUCUACUACUGGAAGGCCAUUGCACAGGGUUUCAAAAGUGAGCAGCUGGCUGGUGUGAGGCAGCAGGCAGCACAGGCCCUGGAUAUUUACAUCAGGGGCAGCUACAGUGGCUUUGGAGUGAAAGCGGCUGCAGGUAUGACUAUGACAGACUCAUGUAUGAAAGCAACUGCUCAGAACACAGCUUUUCAAAACCUCCAAACCCAAGUUCAAUUAUCUGUGGCCCAAACAGGUGGCCCACCAGAAGCAGAUGGAAUUGUCCAGUGGAAAGCUGGCCUGGUGGCCAGCAAUCAAACCUGGUCUGUCAUUGACCGGGGAGUUCAACUCGUGCCCAUUUGGGACAUCAUCCUAUCCAGACACAAAAGUGACUUUCAAGACCCCCUGAGGGUGGCUACCUGUCUGAAAGACAACUACACUGCUCUGACGGGCCUCCCUGCACAAAUCUUAGAUGGAGAGGAAUUACUGAGUGCUAGAAAGGAAGCCAGGCUUUUCCUAGAGGAAGUGAAAUCCUGGGAAGUUUCUGAUCCUGAAAACCAGCUUAAGAAACUGAUACAUUUCAUGCAAAUGUUGAGUCAAAAACUAAAAAGUUAUGACAUUUGGACCAAUACAUGUCUCACAGAUUUAGGUCUGCAGAAAUUUAUAAUCCACACUGUCGACUUUUGCAAAAAUUCAUCCACCCAGAGCACAGAGUUUAUCAAAUCUCAGUUACGCAGCCUUCUAGACCCUCAUGUGCACAAAGUGACAACCUUUCCUCAGGCUCACUCCAUCAUGCAGUGGAUCCACCAGUCAGAGGCAGAGGAAGAACAAGUCAGUAUCACACAAUUUUCUGACUUCAUUAAGGCCUUGAAAGAAACCCAAAACAGCCUCAUGGAAGUGAACCUCAAAUCGGAGUCCCCAGAGGCAGUGGAAGAAGCUCAAAGAAAGGCCACACAUGAGGUGACCACAGCUCUCAGCUGCUUCUUGAGCCAUCUCAGAGAAACAGAGCAGCCAGACAUGCAGCUCCUGCUUCUCUCCAUUGCAGCUGGGACAGGAUACCAGCUGGACAACAAGAUCUUUCAGCAUCUCCUGGGCUGUGAGGAGUUAAACUUCCUAUUGGAUGAGAUGCAAAAUGUUCACCAUAAAUAUGAGGAACUCAAAAGUCUUUGCAGCUCCAGGGCACAGGCAUUCCUGGUGCUCACAGCUCUGACAACCACAGUCAGAGUCACAGCCGUUUCUCCAGAAGAGAAAACACAGCGUUUGGCAUUAAUGAAAGAACAUAUGGGAGAAUGGCUUUCUGGUGAAGUUUUGUAUGUUGUCACAAAAUUCAGAGCAGAUGAGGAUUUGGAAACCCUAGAAAAAAAACUGAAAAUGCUCAUUGAGGAGAAAUAUGAAUACACCACCUCUUCUGUGCAAAUAGAUGAGGUAAAAAAACAAUUUCAAAGUCUCCGUCACAAAAAUAUUGAGCCUUCCAAACAGAGGAAAAACAAAAAGAAUGAGCAGAAAAUGAUGGAAAGUGGACCUUUCCUGGAGUUGCUCCAGCGUUUGGGUCUAGAACAUUACUAUCCAAAAAGGAUGAGCAGAGCUGACUUCCAUCUGAUCUACAAGAAUUCUGUGUUCAAUACUCAGCCCACAUCUGAACAGGAGCUGCCCUUCUAUUUCCUACAAAAGCUACUGAUGCUGGAUUAUGGGCUAAGAUAUCUGGUCUUCAAAGACAUUACAGUCACAGAAAACCAGAUCCAUACAAGUUCCUCCAAUCAGAAAAAUGAUGUCUUUUAUCUAUAUGAAGAUCUGUUUGAAGACAUUGAUAAGGUCACUAAUCCUUCUAGCCCCACGUCCCAGCCCCACAUCCACCCAAUGGAUAUUCAGAUGGCCAUUUUUCACUGUGCAGAUAAUUUUGCCAGACAAUAUGUCGUGGGUAAACUUUCUAUUUGUCAAUAUGCCCUCCCUCUUCUGGUGCCAACUCCCGGAACUGCUCACAUUGAAUUCUCACUGUGGUCUCUCAGACAAAUUCGGAGAAGCUGGCAAGAAGCAAGUAAACCACAACACAAAAAAAGCAGUCACAACAACCAGCACAUGUGCCUUGUCCCCACCCCCAUCGUGUCCUUCAUUAGAGUUGGACAUGGCCUCUCUGCUUCCAAGUCUCAGAUCAUGAACGCUCUUCUCAGUAAGCGAAAACAUGAUGUGUUUUUUCACAGACACUGCAGGGGAAGCAGCAAGGACUGUCUCUUAAUGGGUGGAGUGGUGGAACUCUGCUGGUUCUGUCCUGGUGGGGAGGAUGACGACAGAUUUGAGCAGUGUGUGACCUUCACCAACCUUCACGGAGAUGCAAAGGAACAUAAGCAGCAGCUCACCUUCCUGCAGGAGGUCUCUUCUGUCAUCGUGAUCCUCAUGUCAGCCUCUGAUGACAACAAAGACAACCAAAAAAUUGUCCGUGACCUGUGGCAAGAUUCCAGACUUGUGAUCUGCUUGCUUGAUGACAAAGAAAAGACCAUGGAUAAAAAUCUAGGAAGAAGGGCGAGAAUUGGUAUUAGGAAUAGAAACGAGGCAGAAUUAGCAGAGGAGCUCACAUCUACAAUCAAACAUAUGCUACAGCAAACUGACACUGCUCUCAGCUUAGAGGAGUGUUCCCUGAUUGCUCACAAACAUGGAUUCCUUAUUGAUGAAGACCAGAGUGACUGUCAGGAAGCCAAGGCAAAGGCCCAGACCAUAAUGGCCCUCCUAACAGAGUUGGAGCUCUCUCAGAUAAAGGAAAGCUUACUUCCCCUUCAGGGACAACUGUGGCACCUUUGGUGUAAGAAGGACAAAGAGCUCUAUCAUCUGAGGGAAAAGGGGAAUCGGAGUAUUGAACAACACAAGAGUGAGAUUGAGAGAGAUAAAAGAAAAAUUAGGUCCCAACAGUUGCGAAAGGCCUUUCCUCUCAAUGACUUAAUGCGCUCUGUCCUUGAAAUCCUUCAAGAAGAUUCAGAAACACAUGUCAAACUCUACUUCUUACAAUGGCUGAGUAUAUUUUUGAACAACCUGACCACAGGACAUUUGGAAAACUUGCAUGAGAAGAAACGAUCUUUGUGGAUGAACAUACAAAAAGAAAAACAAAAGUGCAACUCCAGGAAGCUCUGGGAAAAUCAGAUAGAAGCCAUCUCCAUAGAGAUCUGCAACUGCACCUUGGGAAUCGAGCAACUUCUCAGAGAAAUUGCCCAGAUCUAUGAAGCUCUGGAAGAAAAUUUCUCUCAGAGAGAUCCCCUUUUCCUCUCCCUCCCAGAAAUUACAGCAGACCUGAUGAUAUCUGGUGUCCCCAUUGAGCUCAUGGACGGGGAUACUUCCUAUGUGCCUCUGAAGUGGGUGGAAGCUGUUUUUGACAAGGUCUCGGAGAAGCUCGGGGACAAAAGGCUGUUUGUUCUCUCUGUCCUUGGCCUGCAGAGCUCAGGGAAGUCCACCCUGCUGAACGCCCUUUUUGGCCUGCAGUUCACUGUCAGUGCUGGCAGGUGUACCAGAGGGGCCUACAUGCAGCUCCUGAAGGUGGAGGAGACCUUCACAAAGGAGCUUGGCUUUGACUUUAUGCUGGUGGUGGACACAGAAGGACUUCGCGCCCCAGAACUCAACAACAUAUCCCAGAAUUGGGACAAUGAGUUAGCAACCUUUGUCAUUGGACUUGGAAACUUGACUCUGAUCAAUAUUUUUGGGGAGAAUCCUUCAGAGAUGCAAGAUAUCCUACAAAUAGCAGUCCAAGCUUUGUUGAGGAUGAAACAAGUGAAAAUCUCCCCCAGUUGCCUCUUUGUCCAUCAGAAUGUGGGAGAGGUUACAGCUAAAGACAAAACUAUGGAAGGCCGACAGAGACUAGUGGAAAAACUAGACAAAAUGACCGCCUUAGCUGCUGAACAGGAGGAGUGCACAGAUGUAACCUGCUUCAGCGAUGUCAUUAAGUUUGAUGUCAAUACUCAGGUCCACUACUUUGCUCACCUCUGGGAUGGCAAUCCCCCAAUGGCACCUCCCAAUCCUCGUUACAGCCACAAUGUCCAGGAACUGAAAAGCAAAAUUCUUUUGACUGCCCAACAGAUGUCAAGGAGACACAUCAUGAAGAUAUCUGAUGUAAAAUUCCGUGUUAAAGACUUGUGGAGAGCACUGGUAAGUGAGAACUUUAUUUUCAACUUUAGGAACACCCAAGAAGUCAUGGCCAUGAACAAACUAGAAACUAUGUACAACCAGUGGUCCUGGAAGCUGAGGAGUUACAUGCGGGACAUGGAGACUCAACUGAACAACCAAGUCCGGAAUGGAAAAAUCCUGACGCUCACAGCAUCCAUGCUGGAAACUCCAGUUAAAGAAAAAUAUGAAACCAUCAAGGAAGAAUUGGAAAAAUUCUUUAAGGAAGACCAAGAUAGUGAAAUAUUGGUUCAAUGGAAAGCAAAUUUUGAACAUAAGCUGCUAAUCCUUAAGGAUGCCCUUAUUUCAGACACCAGAAGGAAAGUGAAUGAGCUUAUUAUUCUCAGAAAAGGCCAAGAAAAGCUGGAUAACCAAAAGGCACAUUAUGAAAAUGAAUUAUUACAGAAGAGCCAAAAGUUAGCUUUAAGUGUAAAGGGUAAAGAAUUAAGUGAUGAAAAACUAUGUGAGAAAUUCAAUAAACUUUGGACCAGUUGGGUCUAUCAGGUGUCUUCAUCUGUUCCUAAUGUCACUGAGCCUGAUAUUGAAGUGGAUUCUGAAAAUAUCCUUUUAGAGCACUUCAAAAAAGAGAAAAACAUAGCCAAAAUACUAAAAGAAAAUUCUGAAAAGAAAUUUCAGAUUAAUUUUGAUCAGCAUGUGAAAAUGAAUAAAACUCUCUGUAUUUUUCCAAACUUCUUAAAAAUACAUCAUGAAGAGUCUGUUAAGAUGAUUACAAAUUGUAUAUUUUCAAAAUUUGAAGAGAGAAUUGAGAAUAUUGUGAGGGAAAAGCGUGAUUACCAUGUAAAUGAUUUCCAUGAAAUCCUGAGGAUAAUUGAAUUGGAGGUAAAAUCUGCUUCCUCUGAAGAAUUCACAUUUACAAGCAAAUACCGUAUUGAUCUAUCUUUGUGUUUAUUCAAAAGAGCAUCAAAGAGCUUUAAGAAAAUGCACAGAGCAUUCAAGACAGUAAAUGAUCCUGUGAACUAUCUGGAAAGCAAGAAAGAUGAUUUCUUCAUGAGCUUCAAGAUCUCCUGCCAAGGUGCCACCUCUGUCACAUCAUUUGUUGAUUUUCUGUGGAAUAAGCUCCUUCCUGCUAUCUCUGCUACCAUAAAGGGGAAAAUGAUCAUUAGAAUAGCUGGGGACAUGCGAGCUACCUGUCCUGCAUUCAAUGGAAACAGGGCUAACCUGGAGAAACACAUUCUCAUUUCUCUGGCAGAGAAAGAAAGUUUUGAUAGUUAUUGGCAUUAUAUCCAUCAUCCAGAAUCCUUUUUUAAGAACUACAUUGGAGAGCUCAUUAGAAGAUACUGUUCAGAGGAUGGAAGUAAAAAAGUAAACACUGUUUUAAAAAUGAGUCUAGAUGACAUCAGGCACGCCGUCCUCUCUGCCAUUCACGAGUCCACGGCAACAGCUAAAGAUGACAGCAGCACUGCAUCCCGGUGGCUGGAUUUGUUCUGUGACAACCUGGGCGACAACUUGGUUUUUCCACGAAGAGAUCUGGUAAGCGUUGAACACCAGGAGAUAACAGACAUCAUGUUUCUUAAAGAAGCCAUGAGUGCAGCUUUGGACCCUGCCAUGAAGAAAGUAGAAGAGAAUUGCUCAAAAAUGCCCAUAGAAGAAAUGGUUCCUGAAAUUGAGAAGAUCCUAUCUGAACAUCUCUGUGGCUGCUGGAAACAAUGUCCCAUGUGCAAAGCAAUUUGCACAAACACAAUUCCUAUACAUGAUGGAGACCACAGUGUUCCAUUCCACCGUCCCCAGGCUAUUGUUGGAUGGAAAUGGAUUAAUACACAUGACUUUGUUAUUGAGUGCUGUUCUACUUGUGUAGCAAGUGAUUGGUAUUUUAUUUUGUGUGAUGGCAGGAAAUUCCCCUAUAAGAACUACAGACAGGCAGGAGGGGAUUACGCCACAUGGAGCAUCACCCCUGAUUCAUCCCCCCAGCCAUACUGGAAAUGGUUUGUCUGCCACUUCAGAUCACAGCUGGAAGAAAGAUACAAGAAUACAUUUACAAAUAGAGGUGCAAUCCCAGAUGCAUGGGCCAGAAUCACAAAGCAACAUGUGAUUGAUAGCUUGAAAAAAUAAUUAUUACUAAGCAACCCCAGAAUCUGAACAAAAGCUUACAGUUCUUAACAAUUCUUAAAAUUCACUCUUCUUAAAACUAGAACCUGGAGCUGGAGAGAUGGCUUAGUGAUUAAGUGCUUGCCUAUGAAGCCUAAGGACCUGGUUCAAGGCUCAGA